UGCCAAUUGCAUGGCAUUUAUUAUCUUUAUGGUUUCAGCACUUAAAGGGGAGAAAAGUCUGAUCAAAUAUUAGAAACUCACUCAGAAACUAGUUCUGAAUGUUCAUCAGCACAAACCAGCACGAGGAGCACAUUACUAAUGGCUACUCCUUUGAGAAACGUGUUUGAUAGAAUCACAGGCUUUGCCACCUCUUUGAGAAGGAACACAACCCCACGUGGCAGAAGAAUUUUCCACAGAGAUGUUGAAAGAGAUAAUCAAGACUUUCAAUAUGCUAAUACUUAUUGCCUCUCAUCAUAUUACAGUGUCUUUGUUGCUCGCCUAGCUAUCAUGGUCAUGCUAGCCAUUUUGAUUGGGCUGUUGACCAUUUUGACAUGGCAUUUUACAAGGAUCUACACAGCAAAAUCCCUCAACAGCUUGGCCUAUGGUCUUCGUCAUGAACUUCUACAGCGUCCCAUUUUAAGGAUGUGGAACAUCUUGAAUUCGACGGCGGAAAUAACGACGGCUCAGGUUAAGCUCUCAGAGUAUGUGCUCAGAAAGUACAGCAAGCCCACCACUCAAGCAGAAGAAGUUGAGCAGCUGUAUGAAUCGAUGAGGGACGUGACAUGGGCCUUGUUUGCAAGCCGAAAAGCUCUAAAUGCAAUCACUAUAAAAUACAGGAAUGGUUUUGUCCAAGCAUUCCAUAGAGAUCAUAGGAGCAACAACACAUUCUACAUUUACUCGGAUCUAGCAAACUACUCGAUCAGCGCGGUCGGGGCCUAUAACGCAAACAUGUUGUCAACACAUCAAGUGUGGAAUGAUCAGGCCAUACAUGGUAACAUCUCCGCUACUUGGUACCGUGAGCCUCUCGACCCCAUCAGCGGCGAGAAGAUAGGAAAAGCAAAGCCAGUCCAACCAGAGGAUCUAAUCAACAUUGCAGGCCUUUCACAGGUGCCAGAUGGUGUCGCGACAUGGCAUGUUUCGGUGAGCAAGUUCACGGAUUCUCCUAUGCUUUCGGCGGCCUUGCCAGUCAUGGAUGCUUCCAAUAAAAGCAUUGUGGCUGUUGUUGGUGUUACUACUGCAUUGUACGGUGUAGGGCAACUAAUGAAGGAGCUUGUUGAGUACCACAGUGGUUAUAUGUACUUAACCUCUCAAGAAGGUUACUUGCUCUCUACGUCAACAAAUACUCCUCUUUUAAGGAAUUCAACAAAUGGGACUAAGCUCAUGAUGGCUGUUGAUUCUGAUGAUGAUGUUAUAAGAAUGGGGGCUCAGUGGUUACGAAGAAAAUAUGGUAAUGAUUUCCCUCCUAGUCAUGAGGUUCAUGUUGAGGAUGCUGAGCUUGGUCACCACCAAUAUUACAUUGACUCUUUCUUUCUAAAACUAAAGAGACUUCCUUUGGUGGGUGUUGUCAUAAUCCCAAGAAAGUAUAUAAUGGGGAAGGUAGAUGAGAGAUCCUUCAAGACAUUGGUCAUAUUAAUAUCUGCAUCGUUGUGUAUCUUAGUGAUUGGAUGCAUUUGCAUUUUCAUACUCACAAAUGGAGUAUCAAAGGAAAUGAAGCUCAGAGCAGAACUCAUCAGUCAUCUUGAUGCAAGAAGAAGGGCAGAGGCAUCUAGCAACUAUAAAAGCCAAUUCCUAGCGAAUAUGAGUCAUGAACUUAGGACGCCAAUGGCAGCAGUUAUCGGGUUGUUGGACAUUCUCAUAUGUGAUGACUGCCUCACAAAUGAACAAUAUGCCACAGUCACCCAGAUUAGAAAAUGCUCAACAGCUCUACUAAGGCUUCUCAACAAUAUAUUGGAUCUCAGCAAGGUUGAAUCUGGAAAACUGGUGUUGGAAGAAGCUGAGUUUGACUUGGGAAGAGAACUUGAAGGACUCGUUGAUAUGUUUUCUGUUCAGUGCAUAAAUCACAACGUGGAAACUGUCUUAGAUCUCUCUGAUGACAUGCCAAAAUUAGUCCAAGGGGACUCUGCAAGAGUUGUUCAAGUAUUUGCAAAUCUCAUAAGCAAUUCUAUCAAGUUCACAACAUCUGGACAUGUCAUACUUAGAGGAUGGUGUCAAAACUUGAAUACAGUCAGUAAUAAAGGGAAGUUCUCUGUGGACCAGAAGAAACAGAGAUGUGCACAUAAGAUGAAGUUAAGGCAUCAAGGGAACCACACAAAGGAGGUCCCCAAGAAGGAUAACAAAAAGAUUCUUUGGUUUGAAGUUGAUGACACAGGCUGUGGGAUUGAUCCAAGUAAAUGGGAGUCUGUCUUUGAAAGCUUUGAGCAAGCAGAUCCCUCAACAACUAGGACGCAUGGUGGUACUGGCCUUGGACUCUGCAUAGUGAGGACUUUGGUCAAUAAGAUGGGUGGAGAAAUAAAGGUCGUAAAGAAAAAUGGUCCAGGAACUCUAAUGCGACUCUACUUGGUUCUAAAUACUCCUGCAGAUAAUACAGAACAACAUUGCCAAAUAGAUUUUGCAAAGCAUGGUUUGGUGGUGUUGCUUGCAUUACACGGCAGCAUGGGGAGACUGAUCAUGUCCCAGUGGCUGCGCAAGAACGGAGUGUUCAAUGUGGAAGCAUCAGAGUGGAAUGAGCUGACGCAACUUCUCCGCGUACUCUUUCAAGGCAAGAAUUCAGCCCGCACCAAUGGCUUUGAGGCGCAGUAUUCGCUGAACGAGAAUCUGAGGGCCGAGUUGCUCAACAUAUAUGAAAUGAGGAACCCAUAUUUUCUCAUGGUUGUGGACAUAGCCUUACUUGACUUGAGCACUGAUAUAUGGAAAGAACAGCUUAACUUCCUUGACAAGUACUCUGGGAAGGCAAAGUUUGCUUGGGUGCUAAACCAUGACACCUCCAAUGCCAUAAAAAUGGAACUUAGGAGAAAAAAGCAUGUUUUGAUGGUUAAUAAGCCUUUGUACAAGGCAAAGAUGGUUCAAAUUCUUGAAGCUGUGAUUAAGGAGAGAAAAAGUUCUCCAAGUGCUUUGAGAAGUACUAACACUGCAACAACAAAAGAAGGUGAUUCACAUGAAUGUCUUGAGAUUGAUUCCACUCAGUUUGAGACUGCGAGCUCGGAUGAAUCCGAUAUGUCUGAAAUGGGAAGCUCGAACAAAUCGAUAACAACCACUUUCGAAAUGGAAGAGACACAAAGGGAAAGGAUGACUAAACUCAGCUCCUCAAAAUACCACGCGGUUAAGAACUGUCUAGUUGAGCUGACUCAUGUGCGCCCAGAUGACAAUAACUUGAGGAAGAAGGCACAUGAAGCGGAAGACGCAAAAACCAAGUUGGUCUCAACAGAAACCGAACCGAGAAACUCAGCAAGUCCAGAGCAAAGCGCGGUCAGCAACCGUCCUAAGGAGCAUGGGAACAUGUUCUCAACAAAGGCUUUGAAUGAACAGAAAUCUCUUGAGGGCCUGCGCAUAUUGCUUGCGGAGGAUACACCGGUCCUGCAGAGAGUUGCAACCAUAAUGCUCGAGAAAAUGGGGGCCACAGUAACCGCGGUUGGCGACGGGCUGCAAGCGGUGGAUGCUCUGAAUUGCUUGCUUAGUUCCGAUGAGGGCGGUAGGCAAUCAAUGUGUAAAGAUGCCUGCACUUGUUCACAAGAAGAGAAUUGGAAUCCCUCUCCAUUUGACUUGAUUCUGAUGGAUUGUCAGAUGCCAAAGAUGGAUGGUUAUGAAGCUACAAAAGCAAUAAGGAAGUCAGAGGAAGGAACAAAAUUGCACAUUCCAAUUGUGGCUCUAACGGCCCAUGCAAUGUCAUGUGAUGAAACCAAGUGCCUAGAGGUGGGCAUGGAUGCUUAUCUAACAAAGCCAAUUGACUACAAGCUUAUGGUGUCCACCAUUCUUUCACUCACCAAAAGAACAACAACAGUCUAACAAUUUGAAGUCAACCAAGAGCUAAGCAAAAACAAGACAAAGUUUGGAAAUUAGGUGCUUUUUGGUGUAAGAUUUUGUAGAGAACAUUGUUGCUCCUACAGUAAGUAAAUGUACAUUGUAUAACCCAAUUUUCCUCUAAUUAUCUACACAUAAAAAAGGGCUAGUAAAUGUAUGCCCAAAGUGAUAAAGCAUGAUCUGAAAUUUCUGUGUGUUUUGCUUUGAU